UCGCCUACAUGACUCAGAUCAAGCGAAUCCGAACCGAACUCGCCUUCCGAAGUCGUGACUCGCCGAGCGUCUGCCUUACGAUGCGCCUUCGUACACUUUCUACUGGUGAGUUUUCGUGAGCUUUCGCGCGAGAGCGUGCACGUACAGAUGUACACGACUGCUCACGCCGAACUUUGGCCGCUCGGCGUAGCGUUCGUACGCGUUUGUACGUGUACGCGCUCGUUCGUUUUCAGGCGCGUUUGUGUCCCUUGCCUACCGAAUCGUGCGUAUUUAUCGCACUUAUAUCGAACUCUUCUGGUUUUAUCCGACAACAAUCUUCAUACGAUCAAAGGCAACACUUGCACUAUCCGUUUUCGGCAUGUUUCCGCCGGACCCACAAGCGCCUGCAUUGCCUGAGUUGCUCCGCGCUGCUUCGGCGACGACGACGUAGCGAGUCACUGCGCUUCCGAGCGACAUAGUAUCUUCUCAUCAUUGAUCACUCUGGUCUCUACCGAGUCAACAUCCGGUGGUACCGACAGAUUGAAACCGCCUCGCGUGCUUGUACAGCAAACUGUCUUCUCCUCGUGCCACCGGACGUACGUUGACGCCUACUACAUGUUUAAAUACUGACCGCACGUCGUUCAAAUGAACUCAUUCGACUUAUCACAACCACAACCACCAUGGGUAGCCUAACAUCUACGACUUGCACCGCGCUCUGCGUUGGAUGCCUCACCUACAUUCUAUUGAGAGCUUACCGCAUGUUCGCGGGCACUACAGCUGCUCGAGGACUCGCAAAACUCCCUGGACCUCGCGGCUGGCCGCUCGUUGGCUACUUGCGUCCCAUCGAGAAGCCCGUGUGUGUCACGUACAGACAGUGGAGCGACGACUAUAAUUCCGACAUACUAGGCAUGAAUAUGCUUGGGACUAACAUCGUCAUAGCAAACACUCUCAAAGUCGCAACCGAACUCUUGGAGACUCGGUCCGCCAUCUACUCUGACAGGCCGAACGCAGGUCUUACUAUGCUGAGAGAGCUUGUUGGAUUCGACUGGAAUCUGGGACUGGCACGAUAUGAUUCGUACUGGCGCGACCUAAGGAAGGGGGCGUCUCAAGGAUUUCACCCUCAGGCUAUCGUGCGCUAUCGGCCGACAGAGAUCAAAGCGACACUCAAGCUCCUCCGCAACCUCAUUGAAAUGCCGGAAGACUUCCGAAGGUGCAUCAAAUACUUUGCAGGGCAGCAAAUCUUACCCAACACGUACGGUCUGGAGAUCCAGGACAGCAACGACCCGUACAUUGCAGCGGCCGAGCGGGCGGUACACAUCGCUGUUGCAUGUGUGGUGCCGGGCACGUUCCUGGUAGAUCUCAUUCCCAUGCUGAAAUAUGUUCCAGAAUGGUUCCCUGGUGCUGGAUUCAAGAGACAAGGUCGAGAAUGGCGGAAAGAUGUGGACGUUGCGUUUAAUGCGGCGUUUGAUGCAAUGAAGGCCCGGGAUGAUAUUCCGUCAGACUGCAUGGCAAGGCCGCUCCUAGAGAAGAUGCUCGGCCAUGAGGACCCUGCGUAUGCGGAGAACGUCGUGAAAGCGACACUGGGCUCGAUGUAUAUAGGUGGAGCAGACACGACCACAUCCACCCUAGAGACGUUCUUCCUCGCUAUGACAUUGCACCCUGAGGUUCUGCAAGAGGCACAGCACUCUGUGGACCGGGUGUGCGAGGGACGACUGCCCGACUUCUCGGACUACGACGCGCUGCCGUGGAUACAUGCUAUCGUGAGGGAAUGCCUACGCUGGCGACCUGUCGGCCCUAUGAACUUGGCGCACACGUCGACCAAGGACGACAUCUAUGAGGGCUAUUAUAUCCCAAAAGGCUCGCUUGUCCUCGCGAAUGUUUGGGCAAUCUUGCACGACCCUGAGGCAUACGCCGAUCCAGAAGCCUUCAACCCGCGACGAUUCCUCCGACCACGCUCGGGCGCAGACGCAGCGGAUGCAGAGGACGUCGAGCUGGACUCGACGGUACGCCACCCGAUGGUGGCAGCUUUCGGCUUCGGGCGUCGUAUCUGUCCUGGGCGUCACAUGGCGUAUGAGUCGCUCUGGAUCGCGGUCUCCAGCGUUGUUGCUGCAUUCGACAUAACCAAGGCCAUCGACGCAAAUGGUGCGGUCAUUGAACCGAGCGGGGAGUACACGGAUGGGUUCUUAUCUGCGCCGAUGCCGUUCAGGUGUUGUAUCCGUCCGCGAUCGCCCGCGCACGCGGCGAUGGUGCAAGCUGCGCUAGAGCAGGAAGGGUAAAGCAGCUAGCUGUAGACAGCAGUGUUCCGUCGGUCCUCCCUGAUGGUGGUUCGACUACGGCUCAAAUAUGACAGCUGCACUUGCUACGAUGGCCAUACAUAUAUUAUUGAGACAUGCGUCUUUCAGCAGCAGCGCACAAAGCAAGCCAUAAUAUACCUGAUAAAGAGCACAGGAUGUCCUCC